AUCACUUUUUACCGAGUGAGAACCGAAGUUCGUCUGUCUGAGCGGAGAGAGAAGCGGGAUAUCUGAGUGCUCAGUGUAGCUGCUCAACAUGUUUAAAGUUGUUUCCUGUCUCAGUGGCCGGACAGUUUUAUCAGGACAGUUCAGCUCUCGACCCAGUUUGGCCAAACUCCACUUGGCAGCUGGUGCAUUAUGUCAGAAAUCAGCCCUCAAACACCCUCCCACAGACAUGCCAGAGAUGCCCCCUUGCAAAUUCAGUCCAGAGGAAUACAAGGGCAUGUCAAAAGAACGGAUGAUGAAGAUACGCAGAGAGAACUGCAACCCCAUGACCAUGAAAGUUACAUAUUAUAAGAAACCAGUGUUCAUACACAAGGGACACAUGCAGUGGCUGUGGGAUGUGGACGGGAGGCGAUAUCUGGAUCUGUUUGCUGGUGUGGCCACCGUCAGUGUGGGUCAUUGCCACCCGAAAGUAACAGCAGCUGCCGAGCAGCAGCUGAAGGAUCUGUGGCAUACUACCAACAUCUAUGUCUAUCCUGCUCUCCAUGAGUAUUGUGAGAAACUUGCUUCCUACUUACCAGAUCCUCUUAAGGUGAUCUAUCUGACCAACAGUGGCUCCGAGGCCAACGACCUGGCAAUGCUGAUGGCUCGGCUCCACACAGGCAACUUUGAUACCAUCACUUUCAGAGGAUCGUACCACGGUGGCAGCCCACAGACCAUGGGUCUUACUUCAAAUGCAGCCUAUAAAUACCCCAUUGCCAAUGGUUUAGGCUGCACAAAUACCAUGUGUCCUGAUGUGUUCAGAGGUCCUUGGGGAGGAAGCCACUGCAGGGACUCUCCUAUACAGACCAUCAGACAGUGUAGCUGUGCCCAAGGUCAAUGCACGGCAAAUGAACAGUAUAUUGGACAGCUCAAGGAGACAUUGGCUACAAGUGUCCCAAGUAGAAUUGCUGCUUUCUUCGGAGAGCCGAUUCAGGGAGUCGGAGGAGCUGUGCAGUACCCUAAAAACUACCUCAAGGAGGCCUACAAACUUGUAAGAGAGAGAGGAGGGGUCUGCAUUGCUGAUGAGGUUCAGACUGGAUUUGGGCGAACCGGGACCCACUUCUGGGGUUUCCAAGGGCAUGACGUCAUUCCUGAUAUGGUCACGAUGGCAAAGGGCAUCGGCAAUGGAUUCCCAAUGGGAGCUGUGGUUACAACACCGGAAAUUGCCGCUUCAUUUGCCAAGGGGGUUCACUUCAACACCUUCGGAGGAAAUCCCAUGGCUUGUGCCGUUGCUUCAUCAGUGCUCGAUGUUAUCAAAGAGGACGGCACACAGAAGAUCAGUCUCGACGUGGGCACUUAUCUGAUGACAGAGCUGGCUAAACUCAGAGACAAGUACGAAGUCGUCGGCGAUGUCCGUGGAAAAGGCCUGCAGAUCGGAGUGGAAAUGGUCAAAGACAAGGCCAGCAGAGAUCCACUGCCUCCUGAGGCGAUGUCAGAGAUCUUUGAGGAUGUCAAGGACAUGGGAAUCCUGAUCGGGAAAGGAGGACUCUAUGGACAGAUCUUCCGCAUUCAACCCCCCAUGUGCAUCACGAUGGAAGAUGCAGAUUUCUUUUUGGCAGUCUUUGAUAAAUCCAUCCACAACUACAUGGAAAAGAGAUGAAAGCCAGAUACCGGUCAGAUGAAUAACUCGGUGCCAAGGACUAGGACCCGACUGAUAUGGAUUUUUUUGAGGCCGAUGCAGAUUCCAAUAUUUGACAGAAAAAAAUUCCGGCAACUUGAUUAAUCGGCCGAUUAAUUUUAAAAAUAUAUAAUGAAUAGAAUAUCCUUUUUUUUGGUCCCUUAAGGCUUACGACAGCAAAGAUUUGAAUUACAGGCAGAACAUUUUACUGUUUUACAAUACUUUGUCCUUUAGUAUUUGUUUAACUUUACAACAGAAAGGAAUUUUCAACUACAAAAACAUGCAGCAAAGCAUUAAACCUCUGGGAAAUGAUAUAAUCUUGACAAAGAGUCAGUCUAUAAAUGAGUUAUGAAAUACAUCUUGUCUUGUACUUCUUGUUGCUGCAAAUUAGAGGUAGGUUUUAUAUAUAUAUAUAUAUAUAUAUAUAUAUAUAUAUAUAUAUAUAUAUAUAUAUAUAUAUAUAUAUAUGCUGUAUAUAAUCAACAUAAUGAGUGAAGUUGCGGGCAAAACAUUAUUUAUACAGCCCUCUGAUGCCCGUUAACAUUGCAUCACAUUUUCUCUACUCCAUUAUUUUCUUUGCCAUUAAGUCAGGACUCAUAUGGACCAAAAUCAAAACCAGGGACGCCUUUCUCAGAUGUAAAACAUGUCAUCUUUGACGGAGUUGCAUUUUAAAUAUAUAAUGGUCACAAAUAGUCCAACAUUAAUGUUCCUGCAUAACACACACAGUGAGUUGCUGUUACAGCCUGGGUCACGUUAUAGUAUUUUCUGACAAAGUAAAACUAAGAGUGACAUCAUGACGGUUGCUGAAGACAGACAGUAAUAUUAAUCAUUUUAACUGAAUAAACCUCCUCCUCUCUGCGUUAACAUCGCUCCUCCUUAAAUGCGCCUCAACAUGCAGCUGACGGACUGAUGAACGGUCGUUCUGUGCUCUCAAAUAUUUUUGAAAAUUAUGUUAUUUCUGCAGUUACUUACUGGCUUUUAAGCUGUUAGCUAAUGCUAUGCUAGGCUGACACAGCUACAGUGAUGUUAUUGCUAACAUGAACAGAUGGGGAGUAACUUAAUCUAGGUUAGCACAACUUUAGCAAUGCAAGGUAAAUGAAAAGGAUGACUGACGCAACAAAGCACGCUUUACUCAUUAUGAUACAUAGCAAAGAGUUUAGCUGAAACAGGAGAGAAGUUGAGUCAUUGUUAAUUUCACAACGUCGUUAUAAACUUACCUGUGGUCUCAGCCCACUCCUGUAAUGUUGCCUGACUGUAGCUUACUCCUGUACGUUACUGAGAAGACAGCGGUGAGGGCUGAGGAUUGAAUGGAGUCAGAGCUCCACGUGUUGGACAAACGGCACAAGGACAUCAUUCUGCACGACUCCAACACUUAACAGCAUUUAGUGUUUUAUGAGAAAUGAAGAACAUAUCAGCGUUUAAUCACCAAUGACGAUUAUUUUGAAAAGGACUAUAAUCGGCCGAUUUAAUCGGUCGGCCGAUAAAUAGGUUGGGCCCUACCAAGGACCAAACCUGACCAAACGUUCAUCUUCAGGAACCAUAACUGUUUACUGGCAGAAACAUCCCUGCAAAUGUUAUUACUGUUAUGUUAAAUAUAAAGUUGCUGCAAAGUUGGACCUGUUGGACUGUUAAUGUUAAUAAAAAGUGUUACAUCGUC